UUCAAAAUCUCUCCCUAACCAUAUAGCAUUUAAAUCUAAAGUCACAGAACGUGCUUCGCAUGCCAAGAAAGGGGAGGACUCUGAGCUAAGUGAGACUGCAACUAGAUCUUUCCGAGUACGAGCCUCGUUUUCACGUGGCUGCCACGACGAAAGACCAACAAGUCAUCGCCGUCGCUCGCUCCUAGCUUUGUCCAGCAGUGACUGUCCCCGAUAUGGAUGGUCCGCCAAUUGCAAAGCGAAGGCGGAUAGUAACUACCUGUUCUGAAUGUCACCGUAGGAAACAGAAGUGUGACAGACGGAAACCAUGCAACAUCUGUCUCGCCCGAAAUUUGCCUGAUAGAUGUUCCUAUAGUGAUCCGACUGUUGGUCCUCGGUUGAACAAGAGCUCCAACGCCUCGUUGGACGAGAACUUCAGUGCUUUGACACAUGUCGAAGACCAGGAGAAUGUGUCUCCUCCAGCUUCGAGAGGUUUUAACAUUGCUGAGCAAAUCGGGUACUCUCCCAUGAAGGGAAGCAAUGUCUUUAUGGAUUUACAGCAUCAGCUUCUCAAGGACGACACGACCGGAAAUCUUAGUCUUCCCAACGUAGCACAGGAGAGGGUGGAGCCCGAGCAAUGGGAAGACCAGUUCUGGACCCUGGUCGCUAAACUUCCUUCAAAAUCGGUAUCGGAAGACUUAAUAGGAAUCUUCAUGUCUGAAAUGAAUUGGCACACCGGCUUCUUCGAACGAUACUACAUUCAGCAGCUCUAUAAAACCUGGCAGGAAAUCCAGACCAGAACCGAUGCUCCAAAACAACCUUCCCUGAAAGAUGUUUCCAGGGAUGUUCUUUACUUUCCAGCUUUGCUCUUUCAAAUUUGUGCCGUUGCGUUGCACUUCAUGCCGCCGGACUCAGCUAUGAUCAAAGUACUCAACGUGGAAGAAAUGAUUCAUCGAAAUCGUCUCAGCGAGAGAUAUAGUGAUCAUGGAAUGAAAAUUAUGGAUAUCCUAGAUCGUCAUCGACCGACCAUCACUUCCGUGCAGCAUGAUCUCAUGAGAGCUUUAUGGCUGAAGGAUUGUGGUCGAGGAACAGAGUCAUGGCACGCUCUGAGUACUAGUACCAGACAAGCACAAGAACUCAACAUGCAUAGGCAAGCAAGAGUUGACCAGAGCGGAACAGUUGCAGAGACAUUGACUAGGCUCUGGAAAGAUGAGUACAGAAGAAGACUUUGGGUGAUUUUAUUCAUAUGGGACAGUCACAUGUCGAUGAUGCUUGGUCGACCAAGACUAAUUAAUCUCGACGAUUGUGACAUCCAGGUACCGAUCGACUGUAAAUUUCCAGACGAGCCCUCUACAGUCGUUCCUACUGCAAUUCGAAAUGCAAGGGACAACGAAAUGCCAGUUCCUAUCUCUGGGCACCUUUUUCGAUAUUCUAUUGCGCAAUUGGUCCAUGAGAUGAAAACAAAUGGCGCGAACAGAAGACAUCCCAAAGACUACACAUCCAUUCAGGCCUUGCAUGAAAAGGCGGUGGCUUUGAUGGAUGGACUGCCAGCGUAUUUGAGAACCCAAAACCCCGACAAGUCCUGGGAUCUACGUCUCCCGUGGAUUCCGCGCCAGCGAGAACAGAUCCUGGACAACGCUACCAGUUUCCUAUUGGCAUUACAUCGACCUCACAUACACUCGUCACCAAAGAGUCGUAAAGCUGCUAUACAAGCAGCAAUCGUCAUCCUCGAGUCGCAAGAAAGAGUUUUCGAGAUUACCAGACAAUAUCAGUACAGACUGUUCGGUCUCGCCUUCUUCACGAUCGAUGCUGGCUUUUUCUUGUGUUCUACAACAAUCAUGUACCCCUCAACGGAUCGGGAUUCAUCAAGAAGAAUAGAUGUCUGUCUUCAGGAAGGUAUCAAACGACUUGAGAUACUGGAGCAUAACAACGCGAUUGCAGGUUCAGGUCUCAGACUUCUUCGACACUGCUAUCAGUUACUUCAAAACGCUUCUACUACCAGAGAUACCUACACAGAACCUGCAAGCCAUGUUCCCGAAACCGUUCAACAGCCAGAAGGAAAUGAUCAAGGAAAUGAAAUUCCAAAUGCUUUCGACACUUUCCAUUCUGACGGGCUUCAUACAUACGAUGUUCCGGAUCAAAUCCAUUUUCCAUCUACGUCAGAUCUUACAGGGUUUGCGAAUAUCAACGAGUUCGAUUCGUCGUAUUGGAUAGAACAAAUGAAUCAGAUUCCGUUCGUGUCCAUGGACGACGCGACUGUCGCUAACCCAUGGGACUUUCCAUUUAUCUGAGCAAAGUUCAGAUGGGAUUAAAUGAGCAGAUACAUUCCGACGACUAUCCUAUGGACACUUUGAGUUGGAAGAACAUGUUGUCAAAGUACAAUGGGGAUCAAGAUGAUCUUGCUAUGGAGAAGAUAAUAUGAAGCCCAACAUAUCAAGCUUCAACGCCGGGAUGCCCUUGCAUGGGCAAUGGAACUCACUUGCGGGAAAGGUAUGGACAACCUCCAAAGCAGAUGUCCGCUAGAAAGUUGAGUUAGCGCAGGAUCGGCAUUGUGUUUGAAAGAGAUUGUAGAACCGCAGAGGAGGUAUGCCAUCGCUGAAGUUUAAAUACAAAGCCAUGUUAGAAUGAUCAUAUCCUCA